AUGCCGCUGGGCCAGUGCGUUCCGGGAAGCGGGCCGCUGUUCGGCGACCCGGCGCAGCACGCAUACACCGCAGCUUGGCCGCCGUGCCACCCUGCCUGUUUAGGGAACAUGCUCGUGUGCGGAGGCUCGCUAGCCACCGCUCUCUCAGCGCGAGCAGAGCACCUGAUUGCCAACUCAGUAGCCACUGGCACACAGCGCACGUACGCCCCAGGCUGGCGUGCAUUCUUGGAGUUCAUGGGUCGCAUGCGCCGCGACGCACAUCACCCAGAUCAGAACGACGUCCUGCUGUUCGCUGCCGCAAUGUCUCACUCAGUCAGCGCCAGCACUCUGAGAGUCUACCUGGCCGCGAUCAAAUACCACCUCCUCCGCAUGGGAGGCCCGGUCGGGGUUACAUCCUCUAACCGCGUCACAGCCCUGCUCAAGGGCUUGGAGAGGGAGAGAGCGUCACUUCCCAGGCAUCCGUCAGCACGCCCUCAGCGCCAAGCGAUCACCGUCCACCAGUUGAAGGCUCUCCGCCAGUUCUUGGAUCGGACCUUGUACUCCCCGGCAGACAGACUAAUGCUAUGGGCUGCUCUGACGACAGCCUUCCACGGCCUGCUGCGUGUGAGUGAGUACACGUCGCCGUCACCACACGGUCCCGGCGGCCUCAAGACACUGAGGUGCGAACACCUCCGCCUAGCCCAGCAGGAGGCCUCUCUGCAGCUCCAGAGGACGAAGACGUCUCAAUUAACAACAGGCGGGGAGGUAGCGCUGCAUCGCUACGCUGACCCCGCACUAUGUCCCGUCCGAGCCCUGCAGGCUUACGUUCGGUCCAGCAAAUGGAGCAAUGACAAGCAACCCCUAUUCAAGUUUCAGGAUGGUCGCCAGCUCACGCCGAACGACAUCAAUGCUGUCCCACUUAAAGUGCUAGGUCCAAGCAUCAGCAGCCAUUCCUUACGCGCCGGGGGAGCCACACACAUGGCGGAUCGAGGCGCACCGGAGUAUGCCCUGAUGGCUGCAGGCCGCUGGUCCAGCGGGGCAUAUCGCACGUACAUUCGCAGGCCCGCAGGCAUGCCACAGCACUACUAG